CUCUGGUGGAACGUGUUCAUAUCUCUACAUCAAAAUGCUUGCAAAAUUACCUAUGGAGAUAAUCGAUAAAGUAUUUGGAUACCUGGAAGAGACAGACCAACUGAAAUUGGCCCAAGUCAACCAACAACUUGGAUUCGCAUUUGCUUAUCACGCUCGGGGUACAUAUGAGCGACUUCACUGCUCUCAUACUUAUACGACUUAUACAGCUGAAAGCAAUUUAAAAGUUAUUCUGGAAUUGUGCGGCUCCACUGUUGUCGACUUGGAAAUAGGAUUUAACUUCGACGGAUAUGCUUAUGCAAUGAAUGUAAUUUUCAAGCUAAUAGCGAAGCACUGUGUUAACCUGCAAUCGGCCAAAGUUGAUAUUAAGAAUGUAAAUUUCAAUGCAUGUAAAUAUUUGCUGCCCAUGAAGGGACUCAAAACUAUUGAGUUAAAUUUCUACAUUACGAGUCCAGAAUCGGAUCUCCUUCAGUACAUAAAUCCAGACUGUAAAGUAUUGACUGUAAAUUUAAUUUCAAACUAUCAGACUCAGAAUAUACGAAAAUUAAUUAACUUGGAAAAAUUAACAGUUCGUCGGUCCAAAAGGGACUUGCGAGAUAUUUCCCAAAUUCUAUCUAAUUUGAAAAAACUUCGCGUCCUUAGUCUUCAGAAUUGUACAUAUGACCCAGAAAUUCAAGAACAAGAAAUUGUAUACCCAGAGUUGGUAAAAUUAGAACUUUAUAAUUGCAAUAUUAGCACAGACUUGCCAAAGUGUCCCAAGCUCAAAAGUUUGAGUUUGAAAAAUAAUUCGUAUAAUGGACUUGGUAAUAUUUGUGACACCAUUGCAAGUUUCGCAAGCACAGUGGAGCAUCUGAUCAUUAUCACAUAUGACUAUGAUAGCAAUAAGUUUACUGCAGAACAAUUCAUAAAAACACUCGGAGAAUGUAAAAAAUUGAAGUGGAUCGAUUCGAAUCUCUGCAGUCGUUUAUUGACUUAUUGAAGGAAACGGGUUUCAACAACGAGAGACGUGUUUUAUUGAAAAUUAGUGUAUGCCAUGGUCUCAAAAAUGCUUGCGAAUGGAAUAAUCAAAUCGAAAACUCAGAAAUGUGGAACCUAAUUCAUUUUAAGUGACUAGAGCGUUAAAAAAAAUUGUAACAUUUGUAAAUGUAAAUUGUAACAAUUUAUUAACAUUGAUAAUAUUUUUUGUGACCAACAACCAAAUAAUCCCAGCAUACCCCAAAUAUACCCACCAAAGUUCACGUGGAUAGCAAAAAAAUUAAAUUGAAAUACAAAAGGAAGCGAAAUCCGAGGAAGUUGUACAAAUAAAAUUUUAUGAUUUUCCUGCAAGAGCACGACACUGGAAGGAAAUUAAUCCCAAAGACAAUGGGGACGCAACAAACAAACUCAGCAUCGGCUUAACAUAUUUCACAUUGAACGAAGACGUUGGGUGAGUGGGAUUGGGGCUGGCGACACGCCCAUCGGUUCUAACCAGAGCGGAAGGAAGUGCCAGGAAAAUAAUAGUAAAAACCAAUUGCCAAUCGCUUUUGCGUUGUUGGAAAAUUCAUUUUCACUUGUCCAAGGGCUGAACUGACAUCCCAACCCCAAUGAGAAAAUCAAAGUCAAUCACCGCACACAGAAUUUGGUCAGAACGGAAAUGUGUCGGCAUAGAUUGGUGGGAGGGUCCUGUGGGGUUCGUUCGUCAACAAAUUAGGAAUCGACAAGUUAUGUGUUGUCCUAGGAGAGGACUUCGACUGGACUCUAGGUUUAUUGCGCCGUCAUAGGGCUUUAAGAUGGGAUUUUAAGGAAAUAAUACUAAGGAUGAAAUGUAUUUAUAUCUUCUGCUUCAGCAGCUCUUCCAUUGGUGAUACUGAAAUCAAUUAUUAAUUAAUUUGAUAAUUAUAAAAUCACCAAACAGCAGACAAAACCGCAGCGAGAGCAAAUCAGGCAAACAUAAUGGAAAGCCAAUUGAAAAGCAAGCAUGAAAAAUGGGAAAACAAAACGGGGGGAGAAACAAAACUGAAACCGUAACGAAAUCGGAUUGGGAUGAUGCUUCAUUAACAUAAAACCGCAGGGGCUGGGGCAGUAGCAGAGAGCACGAGAUCAAUUAAAGGCCUCACAGCUUACCGCGUUGUUGCAGAUAACUAAUGGAUCACAGUGGCCCGACAGUUAUCAGAAUGUUAAUGAUUUCCAAUCACAACCACACAACGAUCCGAUUCGAUUGUUAUUUUUCGUCAUGCCACACAAACACACAGGGAGCGGGGAAGGGGGCUACGGCAACCCUUUGACAGGGGUCUCUCCAUCUCUCUCUCCUGUCUCUGGUCUCGCCCGGUGUCACAUGUCAAUUUGUGUGGCAAAAGGAACAGCUCCUCAGGGGUAGCGAGAAGUAGACAGCUUUCUUGACAGACAGCACCCCAAAGACGACGAAGUGCAACGCCCAGUGCGUUAGACCCAACUCCAGCCCCAGCCCCGACCGCGACACCGAACCAUUAAUAUUAAUAGUCCGUCCCAGAACGGAGUGCGUGCUGUACGUGACUUUUUCCCCUGGUGCCCGGUCCGUUCGCCUUCCGAGGCGAAUCUUUUGGCAAAACUCCUUUUUCUUAUCGGUUUGAUUUGUAGACAUUUUAUUACUUUAUUGAUGCGCUCUUAUCAAAAGCGCAGCGUUUUCGUUUGAUGGAUUGUUUUCAACUCUUUUGAGGCCUCUCUACCUUGAGCCCGUUCACAUUCACAUUCUCCCCUGGGCAUAAAUCGUCAGCAUUUUUAUGCUGGUAGGUAAAACCUUCAUCUCCAUCAUCAUUGGUUAGGCUC